CUUCAGUUGACGGCAGAGACGACAGCAGAAUGCAAAGGCAACGGAUUACUCCCAGGAUUUAAAUAGCAUAGAUUAUCGUUGAAACCGCUGACGACGCGCCCAGAUGAGCUCCAUGGACUGCGCCACGUUCCCAAUGCAUCCUAAAAUGGACGAGCAACUGGCCCGAACCUUCGUCAUCAACGAGGAGGAGGAGGAGAAGCACAUUCAGAAGGUGCAGAACGCCUUCCUUUACUAUGGGCCAUAUGCGUGUCAGCGGCUAAAGCGCUCCAUGGAUUACCUGAACAGCCUGUCUGGCGAGGACCAAAUCAUGCUAGCCAAGUACCGAGGGCAUCUGGAGUGCGUGCGCACGUGCAUCGAUCGCAACCAGGCGGUUAUCCGGGAAAUAUUGCGCGGGCGUGUCCUCUAUCCGACGGAUGAGGCGACUGGUGAUCCCUCGGAGUUUGACGAGCCGCCGCCAAAUGUGCGGCACGGUGACAUGGACCAGAUUGAUAUUCCAUUCGAUGAAGCUGACGUUGAACCUCUAAAAAUUUUAAAGGCCCAGUCGACGUUGAAGUUGAUUGCGCGCGACUGGAGCACUGAAGGAGCCUUAGAACGGGAGCAAUCGUAUAAACCGAUCAUCGACAGCAUCGUUGCGUACUUCAAGCACAGCGAUUUCGAGCUGAAGGAUAUAAAGAUCCUAGUGCCGGGAGCGGGGUUGGGACGGCUCACCUACGAGCUUGCCUGCUUGGGGUACUCGUGCGAGGGCAACGAGUUUUCCUACUUCAUGCUGAUCGCCUCCAAUUUUGUCCUCAACCUCUGCGACAACGAGAACAAGUACGUGUUAUAUCCGUGGGUGCACCAGUAUGUGAAUAACUUAAGGCGUGAGGAUCAGGUGGCCCCCGUUCGUUUCCCAGACGUCUGCCCGCUUAAAAAUCCACCCAAGGGCCAUUUUGAAAUAGCAGCUGGCGACUUUCUGGAGGUCUACAAGACGCCGAACGCCUACAACUGCGUGGCUACGUGCUUCUUCAUCGAUUGUGCCAAUAAUGUUAUUGACUUCAUACGCACAAUUUACAAAAUCCUCGUGCCUGGUGGCAUUUGGGUGAAUCUCGGGCCGCUGCUGUACCAUUUUAGCGACGUCAGCGGGCAAAACAGCAUCGAGCCGGCUUUCGAGGACCUUUGCAUUAUCAUGGAAAGCGUAGGAUUCGUUAUCGAGAAAUCACGCACCGGCAUCCGUACCAAGUACGCACAGAACCCGUCUUCAAUGAAACAGAGCGAGUACCAGAGUCUUUUCUGGGUCUGCCGCAAGCCGGAUCUAUUUGAGGAGCAGCGGGGCAAACGCAAGGCCUCCAGGGAGCCACACGAUCUUAUUGUGCGCGAGGACAGCGAGGAGGAGGGGGAGCAACAGCCGGAACGAAAUGAAACGGAAGAAAAACAGCAACUGAAACCGCUGGCCACAGCCAACUGCGAGACUGAGAUAAAGGAGCAGCCAUCGUGAUAGCCAUUGAACCAAACUCAACAACACAUCCAAACACCACAAUCAAGUCCAAGUGCAAACCCACCUACAGAUGGCAUCACGAACAUCUUAAUUACCACGUCACAGGCAAGACAGGGAAUCGACACUGCAGUGCUUCGAUGUUAUAGAUUACACUUUAUACCUAUUAUUUACUCCUACACACUGUUAUAUAUGCCAGUUUUAAUUUUUCAAAGGAUGCAAAUUUUAGGACAAUUUCUCGCUCAUUAUGCUCAUCAUGCUAACUUAAAUGGGAAAAGCGUCCCAACUAGGUCAACCAAAUAUAUCAAAAGAAAAUUUUU